AUGGGCCUGCAAAUGUUUUCAUCCAAAGGCCGAGAUGAGACGCUAGAACCUAGCUUUUUGGAAAUCACUGAGUCUAGGUGGACAGGCUUUGGUCCUAUAGCCACUGGGGCGAUGGUGCUGUUCUCGAGCCACAAGGAAGCAAAUGCGCCCCACAGCCAGGGAGUGGCCUUGAUGUUAAAAAAGAUGGCACACAGAGCUCUCAUUGGAUGGUAUUUGCAUAACCAACCGAUUCUUGCUGACUGCUUCCGCUCAACAAACAAGACGUUCAACAUGAAUAUCAUCCAAGGCUGUGCCCUGACCACUGAGAGUGAUGAGGACAUCAAAGAGGAUUUCUACAACAGACUGCUGACCAUCAUCCAGGCAUGCCCAAGACGUAACAUUACCGUCACCAUGGGUGACUUCAAUGCCAAGAUCAGCAGCAAAAACCAGGUAAUGGGAAAACAAGGGGAAAUAAAUGAGAAUGGGGAGAGGUUUGCCAAGCUGUGUGCCACUACCAACCCGGGCGAGAGCUUCUUCCAACAUAAACGGACAGUGUCACUAGCCCUUAUUACACAAAACCUAUCGACUAUUUCUGCAUUUGGGAAAAAGAUCAAAAGCUCUCUUGAAGAUGUACAAGUCAGAAGGGGAGCGGAGGUUGCAUCAGACCACCAUCUUCUGGGCGCCCGCAUGAAGCUCAAGCUGAGGCAGAACUGGUCAGGGAAAAUCAUAUGCCAGAGGUACAACAUCACUGCUCUGAAAGAAACAGCUAGGCUACAAGAGUUUAGAACCACACUUUUUAAAAAGGCCCAGGUUCUGCAACAGCAGAACGAGGGGGAGACCAUGGAUGAAAAGUGGCAGAGCAUUAAGGAGGCAAUAACAUCAACAUGUCAGGAAGUGCUAGGUUACAAGAAGCAGGGGAAAAAAGAAUAGAUCUCAGCAGGGACCUUAGAAAGUAUCUCUGAGAGGCAAAAAAAGAAGGCAGAAAUAAAUAAUUGCUGUACACAUGCUAGAAAAGCCAAAACCCAAGAAUAUUAUUCAGAAGCAAAUAAUAGUAAGAAGCGGAUAAGGGCAGAUAAGAAAAAUUACAUGGAGGCACUGGCAACAAAAAAACUCUCUGGCAAGUUUAGCGGGCCAGUGAGGGACAGAGAAGGAAAACAUAUUCCAGAAGCUUUGAAAGCAGUGACCACAGUGGAAAUACUCUAUCCCCUAUUCCAAAACAUCUGGGUUGAGGAGGACAUUCCAUCAGAGUGGAAGGAGCAUUUUCUACCGCUCAUCCCUCUCAUGGUUGCGGGGGUGGCUGGAGCCUAUCUUCUGUCAACCCCAGCUAAGAUAUUCAAUUGAGUACCCCUAAACAGAAUGAAAGAUGCAGUUGACCCACAUCUCCGAGAUCAGCAAGCUGACUUCAGGAAGAAAAGAUCAUGCACUGACCAGACAACAACCCUGCAGAUUAUUUUAGAACAGUCCUUAGAGUGGAAGUCACUGAUAUAGAAUUGUAUUGACUAUGAGAAGUCAUAUGACAGUGUGGAUAGGCAGACCAUCUGGAGACUGCUAAAACACUAUGAGGUAACAGCAAACAAUACUAGUAUAAUCAGGAAAUCCUAUGAAUGAAUGACCUGCAGAGUGGUUCAUGGCCAGCAUCUUACUAAAACUUUCCAACCAACAAGAGUGAGGCAAGGAUGCUUGCGGUCACAGUUCCUUUUUCUGUUGGCAAAAGAUUGGGUAAUGAAGAGAUCAACUGCCCAGAAGAAAAAUAGUAUUCAAUGGACACAAUUGGAUGACCUUGACUUUGCUGAUGAACAGGCACUUCUUUCCCACACACGGCGACAAAUUCAGGAGAAGACAUCUAUAUUUGCAACUCAAUCAGCAUGCCUUGGCCUUUUUACAUACAACGGGAAGAGCCAGAUUCUCAAAGUAAACAAUAAUAGCAUGACCCCCAUCUGUCUAGGUAUAGGUGCUGAUGUAAAUGUUAGUAUGUUAGCUUUCCACUAGCUGAAGAAUGUGGGAUCCUCUGAGCUGCCUCAGAACACCAAGAUCAGGAUCUUCAACUCCAUGGUGAAGAUUGUACUUUUCUACGGUGCAAAGAGCUGGAGAACAAGUGAAAAAAUUCAGUCCUUUAUCAACACUUGUCUCAGAUGAAUCCUAAUAGUACACUGGCCGAAUACCAUCAGUAAUUUGGAGCUGUGGCAGCGAACAAAACCGCAGCCUGUGGAGGAAGAAAUCCCCAGAAGACGCUGGAGAUGGGUUGGCCAUGCCCUUCGCAAGCCUGCAUCCAACACAGAAAAACACACCCUCUUUUGGAAUCCACAAAGUAAAAGGAGGAGGGGCAGACCAAGGAACAGCUUGCGCAGGGACCUGGAUACAGAUGUGUAGAGGUCGGCCACAUGGGGGCAGCUGGAGAAAUUGGCCCAUGAGGACUGGGAUUACUGGAAAGCUCUUGUUCAUGGCCUAUGCUCAAAGUUGGGAAAUGGCUGUAAGUAA